AGUGUUUGUGGCGGUCGGUGCUAAAUGGAAACUUUUCCAUCAUUUUACAAAGAUGACUUUCAUAUACCGACGAUCGGAAAACAACCGAGAGGAAGCGCUAGAGCACAAGAAAUUUACAAAAGAUCAUUGCUAAAGUCGUCUGAUGGCCAAACACUGGACGAUCACGACCAAUUUUACAGAGAUCACAAACUGCUUUUGAAGUUAUUUCAGGUAUUAGGUGCCAUGCCAAUUCAGAGAGGAGAAAUUGGAAGGAUUACUUUUGGCUGGUUUAGCGUUCCAUCGAUUUACGCUUAUGGGGUUUAUCUGGUCACCACUGUUCUUGUAUUUUUUGUUGGAUAUGACCGAUUGCUCAUUUUAACCACUAAAAGCAAGAAAUUUGACGAGUAUAUUUAUUCGAUCAUAUUUUUAAUGUAUCUGGUGCCUCAUUUUUGGGUACCGUUUACCGGAUGGAGUGUCGCUAAAGAAGUCGCCGAUUAUAAAAACAGUUGGGGACCGUUUCAGCUGGAUUAUUAUAAAAUUGCUGGAAAAAAUCUGGAGUUUCCACAUCUAAAUAUACUAAUUGUAAUAACAAGCAGCGGUUGUUUAAUAUUAGCGGUGGUAUUUCUAUUAACGUUAUCCGCGCUGAUGGAAGGCUUUACAUUGUAUCAUACCAUUGCCUAUUACCACAUCAUAACAACCUUAAAUAUGAACGCUGCGUUAUGGUUUAUAAAUUGUCGGGCAAUUGGCGAUGCUAGUAGAGGUGUCGCAAGCAGUUUUGAAAAGGAUAUGGAUGAACAUACCUGCGCUUACAUUAUAAGCCGUUAUCGGUUUUUAUGGCUAAGAUUAAGUGAUAUUGUACAAAAAUUAGGCAAUGCGUAUGCAAGAACAUAUUCGGCGUAUUCCCUAUUCAUGCUGACAAAUAUGACCAUUGCUAUUUAUGGUUACACUUCCGAAAUUGUGGAUCACGGCUUUAGGCUUACAUUUAGAGAAGUUGGUUUACUGGUGGAUGCUGCGUAUUGCACGACGCUUCUAUUUGUCUUUUGCGAUUGUUCACAUCGGGCGUCCAUCAACAUCUCAAAUCGGGUCCAGCAUCGAUUGAUGAGCGUUAAGAUGGACACGGUUGACGUUCACACGGCGAAUGAGAUUGAACUGUUCUUAGUCGCUAUACGCGUUAACUCCCCUAAGGUGUCUUUAAAGGGAUAUACCACUGUAAACCGUGAGCUAAUAUCAUCGAUGCUUGCCACAAUGAUGAUGUACCUCAUAGUUUUACUGCAAUUUAAAAUCAGCCUCGUGCGUUCCUCUUAAAGCUGAACACGUCGUUUCGAUUUUUCCAGUUGUACCUAGUAUUGAACUGCAGUUGAUAUAGCAAC